AAUUCGUUUUCUACAAUGAUAAUCUUUGCAGUGGUUGUGUCUCUUCUCUUCCAUACUUUUUGCACUUCGCUUCCGUUCAGUACCUACGGUAGGGACGGACCAUGCGAUGAAUUAGUUCUGCUUAAUGUGAUUCAUAGGCAUGGUUAUAGAGCAAGAGAUGCAGCAACUUAUCCUAAUGAUCCUUACAUCAAUGAAACGUUUUUCCCUUAUGGACUUGGUCAACUAACAAACAAAGGAAAAUUAAGGAUGUAUAACGUUGGAGUAGACUUAAAACAGAGGUAUCGAUGUUUUUUGGGAGAUCUGUACUUUCCUGACCUUAUAGAAGCCCGCAGUACAGACGUUAACAGAACUAAAGCUUCGUUAGCGUUGUCAUCAGCAGGACUUUUCCCUCCUAAAGGACCUCUCAUAUGGUCCUUGCUUAACUGGAUACCAAUUCCUUACAAUUACGAAAAGAUCGAAAAUGACUUCGUUUUAGGCAGUAAAUUUAGUAAUUGUCCAAAAUAUGUUCAGCUGUAUGGUGAACACCUCAAUGGCCCUGGUGCAGAACUGUAUUCAGAUGAUAUCCCUUUUUACAAAUACUUAACGGAAAAUUCUGGAAUGAACGUCACUGAUCCAAGUCAGAUUUACGGUUUAUAUUUUGCCCUCAAAACAGAAGAAGAAUGGGGCCUUUCAAUACCCAGAUGGGCGAAGCCGUACCUGGAUACUGAACUUAAAAAGGGUACCAUAAAGCAAUACAAACUGCAAACCGGUACUACCGAGCUUAAAAAAUUAGCUGCAGGGUUCUAUAUAAAGAAAAUUUUAGAAGACAGCCUUCGAAAAAUCAGUAACUCUCUGACUCCGCAAGAUAGGAAGCUUUUCCUGUAUUCUGCACAUGAGUAUAACAUUGCGAAUAUUUUGACUGCGUUGGACAUUUACAACGACAUUAUUCCCAACUACGGUUCUCACAUUAUUAUAGAAUUGCGUAAAAUCAAUGGUGUCUAUGGAUUUAAGGUCUUGUUACAAAAUUACGAAGGAAAUGGAGAAUUACAAUUACUGAAAUUACCCAAGUGCGAUUAUUUUUGUCCGCUCGAUAGAUUCGUACAAAUCGUUCAGGACAUCAUCCCCGAAGAUGAAUCCGCUUGUAACGUAUGAAACUGUCAAUUAUUGAAAUAUUUGUAAAAUUGAACAACAAAUAAACAUAUUUUAUUAUAUAA